AUGAAGGGUGGGCGAGAGGAGGACACGGAGGCAGAGGUAGGAAGUAGCCGCCUCGGGCCCAGUGACCGCCUCAGCACUGCGAAGAGUAAAGCGCACAAGCCGCGCCGGCUGGUCAAGGGUGCCGAUGUCGGACUGCCGCUUCACGCGUCCGUCAUUGAGGAAACCUGCGAGGUGGAAGAGACCCAUACGGUGCUUGUGCGUUUUCCCUGCUUUGACUUCUUCCGACACGUACGCGUGUGCGAGCGCGCUCGAGACCCGCAGCCCGCCACAUCCGACGAUGCUGCCAAGGCUUCGGCAAGUCUUGCAACCGCAUUAUCAGACACCGCUUUCCGUAGUGGCGCGCCUCCGGUCACCUCGACGCACGAUACUGCCGAGGCCGCCUUCGCCCCGGAAGCCGCGGUCUUUAUACCAGGGACGCUAGAGACAGAUACUCCGCGGCUCUUACUGAACGGCGGCACCCCACAUGAAACGCUUUUCGAGGGGCAGUGGACUGAGGUGGCUGGCGAAGGCGUAUCCGUCACGAAUCGUGCCGUUGUCCACGUCAGUGCCAAGACGGCAGGUAUCCCUGUGCCACCAGCAGCGCCUCCUUUGAACUCCUCCUCAAUUGUGAGCGACGCGGCAGCGUCUCCCGAACUGGCGCGUACCACCGUUGAGUCGUUUCCUGCGUCUUCAUCUCAGGCAACGGCGACGUCUGCGCCGCCGAUCGCGAGUUUGCUGACGCACACGCUUGCCGGCGUCACCGCCGACGAGGAGCGCCGCCAGCGGGCGGAGCAGCAGAAGGGCUGGACCUACGAUCGCGUCGACGUACCCUCAGCCGUCCUCGUCAUGCAUCGUGUGCGCUAG